CAAAAAUUAUAUUUUUUCCUGUUUGAAAUUAAAAUUGUACUAACAUGCGAUUUGUUUGUGGAAUAAAAAGGCACCUUGAAUUUUUUUGGGUAAUUUUUCAGUAUGUUUCACUCGGGACGCGUAAUUGUGCUGUUUUGUAGCGUGUCAAUGGCUUUUGGACAGGAAUACACUGCUACAGCCCUAUCAAUCAAAGGAUGUCCAACCAAAGGCCCAGGUCAAAAAUACGAAGUCAGUUUAGUCGAAGACUCUAAGGAUUCAAAAUCACUUUCGGCCACUGUGAACUUGGACAAAGUUUUCAACAAAGACUGUACUUAUCAGGCCACUGUAGACUACAAAACAGGAGUUGAUUACAUCAGGUAUACAACUUUAAAUGGAAAUGCUUGCGAAGUAUUGGGCAAAGUCCUAAAACCAGCCUGGGACAGACUUAAAACGACCGUUGAGCCUGCUGUGAAGGAUUCUUGUAUAGUAAAUCCAGGCUCAUAUUCCUUGAAAGGUUUCCAAAUGAAAAAGGACGAAUUUGACCUACCAAUUGCCCAAGAAGGAGAAUUUAGGGUCUCAAUGCAUUUGUAUUGCCAAGAAGAAGAGCUUGGCUGUGUCACGGUGGAUAUUUUAGUUACAGAAGAUUAAUUUUUAAUGUUGAAUUAGCAUAUUAUAAUAUAGUUUCUGAAUAUGAAUUUGAACAGAUUGCCAAUA